GGGUGAGGCUCACAGCGUGUGGAGUUCUAUGUAUGUCGCACAACGACAGCCACGAAAAUGACACCGUUCUCGCACAAUUUACCAUGUCCGAUACUAAGCUGCGUGUCUUGACGCUGAAUUGCUGGGGACUGAAGUAUGUCUCGAAGAAUCGAGUCGAACGGAUGGCGGGCAUCGCCAAGGCACUCGCUGCGUCCGACUACGAUAUAGUGGCCUUGCAGGAGGUCUGGGUGUCCGCGGACUAUGCGCUUAUUCGAAGCAGCGUCGCUGGACGUCUGCCAUAUGCCAAAUACUUCUACAGCGGUGCUCUGGGUGCUGGGCUGGCUAUAUUUUCUCGCUUCCCUAUUAUCGGGACCACGAUACAUCCAUACUCCCUUAAUGGCUCUCCGAUAGACGUCGUUGCCGGCGACUGGUUCGUGGGCAAAGCGGCAGCCAGCAUCCUGAUCGCCCAUCCACUUCUUGGUCAACUACAGGUUUACAAUACACACUUAUUCGCCAAGGGCGGUGAGAGCGGCCCGGAAAUAAACCAAGCUCACCGCCUCAUUAACGCAUGGGAACUUGCAAAGUUGGCUAGACAGUCUGCGGAACUUGGUCGAUAUGUCAUCGCUUGCGGAGACUUUAACACCAUCCCGACAUCUCUUCCCAUGACCGUAAUUUCCGAACACGCUGGUUUAAUGGAUUCUUGGCGAGCUACGCACCCUCAAUCCCAUCUGGCUCCGAAUUCCGCGCCGAUAUCCCCUGUGGAUGCUAUUCGAAUGCACGGGGUUUCCGCGGAUUCUCCUCUGAACAGCUACUCUGGCGGGAAGUCCCUUGAAGCACAUGCACGCAGGUUUGCCGGAAAAAGACUCGACUAUGUCUGGUUCAGAGAACCGGUUAGCUCGGGCAAAGACAAGCCAGCGUUGCUAUGCACGGAUACUAAGGUCGUGUUCACGGACGAAGUACCGGGCAAGACCUUCUCUUUCUCAGACCACUUUGGAGUAGAGUCGACCUUCGAAAUCCGAGUGCCUCCGUCUUCUUCGACACAAACGGACUUCCAAAACGAGGUUGGCCUUGUCCGGUCCGCUAUUCCUGACCGAGCCCCAGCUGCAGGCUCGUCUACUUCCACGGAGUCCGUCGAACCGACGCCCACUUCCCUUUCGCCUACGUCAUUGAACAACAUUCUCACCACGCUCACGGCAGCCUACCGCACAUCCGUCCAGCGCGCACGGUAUCACCUGACAAUAUUUAUUCUAUGCCUGUUCCUGGUCAUCGUCUUGGUUGUUCUGUUCCCAUUCCUCCCCAGCGCGUUCCCGUCGCCUUUGACUUCAGGAUGGAAGUGGACCUACCGGGCCUUGAGCUGGAUCUACGGAGUUGUGAUCGUCGCUCUCAGCUGGCUUGCUACCACCAUGCUAUAUGUGGGUUUUGUGUAUGGCCGGUGGGAAGUGAAUGCCCUUACGAACGUGAUCGAGGAGAUGGAAAUACUACGAAGUCUGAAGGGGUCUAGAUAUGAGAGCCGGUCCAGUGAAGACGGCGCGGAGUGAGCGCUGGGGACUGGGGCGCUUGGUUUAUUCAAGGACAUGUUCGCAUUACAACCUAACCUUGUCUCGCUGCAAUACAUUCCGAACUUAUACUGGGGCUUCGUAAUGCAGGACAUUUUGAAUGUUGCGUAGGGUAGUGUAGAGUUUGCAUAUGUAUUCUUCCGUCCGAGCGUACUGUAUAUCAGUGGACCCAUAUGGACCGAUACAGCGUUUGGUCACAGGGCCAGAUAAUCAGAUAGACGAGGAUAGAUG